AUGAACAUGUCGGGCCUUACGCCCAUCCGAGUCCGCGGCCGCAGAAAGAGAGUUAAGCUUAGCCAUGAUGACCAGAACCAUGCUGCCCCCCAAGUUAAUAGAGGCAAUCCACGGGGUAAACAACUCCUCCCGCUCGAUGCUUCUCGACGUUCUCUCUACGCUCGACGGAAACGCCCAUUUAUAAGCGGCAGCAGCUGGUUGUCAUCGCAGCCCCAGUCGCAAUUAGACUCCCUAUCUCAACUACAAUAUCAGUACCAGUCAGAGCCGCUGCCAAAGAAAAAGAAAAGAAAGAAUCUCUCACGCCUGGAACGCUUACCAGUUGAACUCAUCGAGAAGAUCUUCUUAUACUCGCUAAAUAUCAAUUUCGCGAGAUGUUCGCCUUCGCUUGCGGCUGCUGUGUCGAGUGAGCGGGUUUGGAGGGUUUUGAUUCUUUUGGCUUUUUGGAGGGGUCCGCCCUCACCUACCUCCUCAAAGAGUGAAGAGAGGAGUGGGAAUUGUAUCAGUGCAGGUAUUGCAAGAAUCCUCCGGCCAUUGGAUUAUGCACCUCUAGGCGAAGACGAACAACGGAUCCUGCAGAGCACCGUUUUCCGGUGUAAAUGGUGUACCGUGCACAGGGUUUUAAACAAUUUCCCUGAUUUAAUGGCCCUAACCAUCCAACGACUCUGGAUAGACGCCGGUAUCACCAUGGACAACGACCAACAAGAAUCCCUCAACCAAUAUCUCGACUCCCCAACGAACCACCCAACAGAAACCCUCACCUUCCAAGGGACAAAAGACACCAACACCUACACCCUAGCUCUCGCCCCCCUCGCAUCUAUCCGAAUAACCUCCCCAGAAACAAACGAGGACACAACAAUACCCCUGUUCAACCUCCUUGAAUUCCCACCGCAUCUCCUCCGCGGCGGAUCCCACGGCUUCAAUAACAAGGACAUCGCAUUCCUCGAGCUGCUCCGCGUAUCCAGCGGGUUCAACCGCACAGAUACAAACUCUAUGCAUCUCGCCAGAAACAUUUCUCUAAAUAGAGACGCACUGCAAGAAGGUAUCCACAAAGCCAUUAUCUCCCGGAACCACGACGCCCUGGUCACUCUCCUCAAAAUCGACGAGUAUCAUUUCCGCGCCACCACCACCAACAAUACCACCAUUAACAGUGAAGAUAUGAUAUACACGCUUCCGGCAGAACACUACUGCACGUCCCUUCCCGACAUCCAAACAUUCAAACUACUCCUCCGCGCAAGCGCUGAAUCCGUCCCAUCGGACGACUCGUCCAUCACGGCAUGGGCGAUGGAGCUGGGUGGUGCGUUUGGGAACUGGUUGCUUGAUCUUAUGCUGCGGAUGCCGGAGAUAAGGGAGGGUGUUAGGGAGAGGCCGGAUGCGGGAGUAUUUUAUAUGGGAAGGUGUAAUGGGGAGAGUGAGAUGGGGGGUAGGUAUUUGAGAGAUGUGUUGGGGGUUGAAGAGGUGGGGGGUUGGAUGGAAGAGGGUGCUGAUUUUGUGAGUUUGGCUAGGAAUGAGGAUUAG